AUGGGCAUCGGUACAUCAUGUCAUACAGCUGUUUACCAAAAGAAGUCUAAAAUGUCAUCAAGUCUUUUACAACAGUUAGCGCUAUUGGCUUAUAUCAACGGUGAUCCACGUGGAAAAGAUCUUUAUAAUGCUACUGUUGGUGUAAAUUUAGCCAUGAAUUUACAUCAAAAAUUCAAAUCGUCUACCAAAGGAGAUGCAUUAAGGGCGGUAGCAGUCAACGGUGUUACUGAAUAUAUUAAACAUCACCCUAACGCUAGCGAGGAACAGAUAGCCGCAGAAGUUGUACGUCAAAUUUCGGAAUUUGUCAAGGCGUAUCGUUCAUAA